GAGGUGGAAUCUGCUGAGAUGAUGCUCCAGUCCAGAUGAUUCUGCACGCGUGACGUCGUUACGCUCUUGCGUGAGUGGCGUAGUUCUGUGCACGUCGCAUCCUCUCGGCUGAGUCCUGCCCGGCGCUGCACUGUUCUCACGACUUACACAGACAAUGGCUGUUCCUCCAACAUACGUGGACCUGGGCAAGUCUGCCAGGGACAUCUUCACCAAAGGAUAUGGUUUUGGUCUGAUCAAGCUGGACUUGAAAACGAGGUCAGAGAGUGGAUUGGAGUUCAAGAGCUCCGGCUCGGCCAACACCGAGACCAGCAAGGUAGCAGGAACACUGGAGACCAAGUACAAGUGGGCAGAACACGGCCUGACCUUCACUGAGAAGUGGAACACGGACAACACUCUGGGCACGGAGAUCACUCUGGAGGACCAGCUGGCUAAAGGACUGAAGCUGACGCUGGAUUCCUCCUUCUCUCCGAACACUGGCAAGAAGAGCGGGAAGAUCAAGAGCGGCUACCAGCACGAGCACAUCAACCUGGGCUGUGACGUGGACUACGACAUCAAUGGCACCGCGGUGCACGGAGCCGUGGUCGUGGGCUUCGAGGGCUGGCUGGCCGGGUACCAGAUGACCUUCGAGGCUGGGAGGAACCGGGUCACUCAGAGCAACUUCGCUGUGGGCUACAAGACCGACGAGUUCCAGCUCCACACAAACGUGAAUGAUGGAACAGAAUUCGGAGGCUCCAUUUACCAGAAGGUGAAUGAUAAUCUGGAGACAGCGGUCAAUCUGUCCUGGACCGCCGGCAACAGCAACACCCGCUUUGGCAUCGCUGCCAAGUAUCAGAUCGAUGCCGACGCUUCCUUCUCGGCCAAAGUGAAUAAUUCUAGCCUCGUCGGCCUGGGAUAUACUCAAACCUUGAAGCCUGGUAUAAAGCUGACCCUCUCUGCUCUUCUGGAUGGGAAGAACAUUAACGCAGGUGGACACAAACUGGGUUUGGGUCUGGAGUUUGAGGCAUAGGAAGCUGAGGAUUGCAAUAAUCCUGUCUUGAUAUAUAUAUAUUUUGAAUACCUAUCCUCACACACCUUGUUUCUCUUCGAUGCCCUGACCAAGGACACACACUAUACACUUGUCAAAUCCUGCAUUAGUGAUGGCUCACUUCUUCAGAGAGGGCAACAAAUGCAUAUUUACCAGGUCACACAGAAUGAGAGAAGAGCAUCUGUAAAGCUGUAAAUGGCUUGAAAAUGUAUUUUCACUACACUCAACAUUAUUUAUUACAGUGUUGAUCACGAUUGAAUAUAUUAGUGAUGUUUCAGUUUUGGGAAGGGGAGCACUGGGUAGAAAGGCAGAUGUUUGUAUCAGACAACACUAAUAUUAGGUCACAACAUUCCUGAUCUACAGCUUGAACGAAGGGACCUGUAUGACACUGAGACCUCUUUAGUUGGGUGCGUUUAUGUUUUUGUCUCGUCUGUGUGAGUGAAACCACAUGUGUAUCUCGUCCAUUAUUGUUUUUCCGCUGCAUACUGCCUGUUCCUUUGAUAGCAAAACUCUUUCAGCUCUCCCUGAACUAAAGGAGGCUGGAAACAAGCUCCUGACACAUUGGAUAGAGCAUAAAAGAUCUGAACAGGUGGAUGUAGUCCUCCGUUUCUAAAUGUAGGAUAAGAAUACUGUGGAUUUAGCAGUAUGGAUACUUUAAGUUGAAUAAAACAUUUCAACCUGGACCACA